UCUCCUCUCCUCUGUCUGUCGUUCGUCCAUUGGGCAUCCUCGUCCUCUUCUUUCUGUCUCUCCAGGCUCUUUCGACCGUCACUUCAACUUCUCCACCGCCAUAAUGGGCUCCGAAAACCCCUCCAACCCUCUAUGGACCACUCAGUCCGUGCUGUCCACCCUCCCCCACCCCCCAGAGGAGAACUCCGCCUCUCCCAUUCCCUUCUUCCACCUGCUCGAACGCCUGAAGACCACCAAGCGCGAAGGCUGGCGCCGCUUCGGUAUCAACUCCGGCGAAUCCAUCUCCGACCACAUGUAUCGCAUGUCCAUCAUGACCAUGAUGGCGCCGCCGGCGCUGGCCACCCAGCUCAACCUGCCGCACUGCAUGAAGAUGGCCCUGAUCCACGACAUGGCGGAGUCGCUGGUCGGCGACAUCACGCCCGUCGACAAGGUGGACAAGUCCGAGAAGGCCCGUCGCGAGGCCGACGUGAUGAACUACAUCUCCAAGAACCUGCUAGGCGGGGUGCCCGGUGGCAUGUUGACGGGGCAGGAUGUCCUGAGCGUGUUCCAGGAAUACGAGGACAACGUCACGCUGGAGGCCAAGUACGUGCACGAUAUCGACAAGAUGGAGCUCCUGCUGCAGAUGGUGGAGUACGAGCGCACCCACGGUCUGGAUCUGUCGGAGUUCUGCCACGUCGCGGGCCGGGUCCAGCUGCCGGAGAUUAAGGAAUGGGCGGCCACGGUGUUGCAGGAACGAGAGGCGCUCUGGAAGAGCAAGGCGGAGAAAGAUGGACAGGCCUCUGCAUAGACGGUGUUCUGGCGCAUACAAUGUUUGCAUGAGACCCAUGUGUUGAUGGCGUUGACGUUUGAUUUUGCGGGUGUUUUCGUUCACCAUUGUUUCAUACUACGGCGUUGGGUGGCCAUUCUAGAGAUUAGAUACCAUCGAGAUCCCGAUGCGUUGGGUGGGUUGACAGUUCGAGUUAUAGAGUCAAUC